CCGCCGCCACUGCCACCACGACGGCGGCGCAGAGCUUCCCUCCGGCGGCUACGCAGAGACUCCCUGGCAGCGGCAUGGCGCCCCAGCGGCCUCAAGGUGCUCUCGGCGGCCCUCGCCCCGUGGGCCCCGCUGCCGCCCCCGCGCAGCGCCCGGGAGCGCCCGGCACUCCGCGUCCCGCGCUGGCCGGCGUGCCGCGGCCCCCGACGACCGCCUCCGCUCCGCGCACAGCCGCCCCUGCGGCGCAGCGGCCUUCGGGGCCGUCCGCCCUUCGCCCGGGCACGCCUGCCGCACAGCGCCCUCCCGGUGGCGCUGUGGCCCCGCGCCCCGGCACCCCCGGAGCCCAGCGGCCCUCGGGCAUGCCACCUUCCCCCGCAGGCGCGGCCGCGCCCACGCGCCCCGGUGCCCCCGCCGCGCAGCGACCGCCAGCCAGCGGCCCGCGGCCCGCAGGCGCGUCGCCCGCACAGCGCCCUCAGGGGCACGUGGCCUCACCCGGAGCGCAGCGGCCGCAGGGCGUUUCCCCGGGCAUGGCUACCAUGCAGCGUCCUGCCUCCGCCGCGGUGCGCCCCUCCGGCACGCCCGUGUCCACCAAGACGCCCAAUGGCACCGUCCACCCGCGGCCGCCGCCCCCGUCGUCGGGCGCGCAGACGCAGCGCUCGCACGUGGCGCAGGGCGCUACCAGACUCGCGGACGGCAGCGGGUCCCAGCGCCCGGCCGCCCCUGCGGCCUCCCCGCGUCCCGCCACGCCCAAGACGCCCUCGCACGACGGCUCGGCGCCCUCCCCGCAGCCGCCCGCCACGCCGCCGGCCUCACGCUCCACGCCCUCGCCCAGGACGCUGCCCGGCGCCGCGAUGUCGUUCGCCAGCACCGUCACCGCGUCGCCCGCGACCUCCACCUGCGCGCCUCAGCUGCAGGCUAAAGCCGGCCCGCCCACCUCCGUCAGCAGCGGCAGCAAGCAGGGCAUGGGCCGCCCCCCUGCCUCCAACGCCCAGGCCCGCACCCCGCACCCCGCCACCCACCCCAGUGCCAAAACCCCGCCCAACAAGACACCACAGCAGUCCCCAGCGGGCGUGAAAGGCUCGCCCAAGUCGCCCGGGCGAGGGCGCGGGGGCGGCGCGGGGUCGCCCACCAUCCUGAGCAUCGCUCAAAACUUGGCCAAGCAGCAGCAGCAACAACAACAAUUACAACAGCAACAGCAGCAGCAACAGCAACAACAACAACAACAACAACAACAACAACAACAACAACAACAACAACAACAACAACAACAACAACAACAACAACAGAUGCAGCAGCGCAGCUCGACGCCCACCACGCCCACCAGCACCAUGCUCACCCCCGUCAGCACCGUGGGCGUCCCGAGCAGCCAGGUGAACAGCCAGCAGGCGUACGGCGCUGCCGCGGCGCCCGGGGGAAACAUGUACCCCGGCAGCGUGGGCGGCGGGUUCAUGUCCCCGGCGCUGGCGGCGGCGGCGUACAUGGCGUCGGCGUACGGCGACCCGUCGACGCUGAACGACGUAGCGGCCAUGACCAAUCUGAUCACGCUGAGCCAGGCGGCCGCCCGCAUCCGCGAGUUCAACCUGGCCAACAUGGUUUCGGAGACGCUGCCGCGGCCGCUGGAGCCCACGCCCAUCGACCUGUCGCCCACGUCGAAGGCCGCGCCGCAGACGCCGCUCACCAACGGGCGCGCGCACAAGACCACCGCCCACUCGGGUUCGGGCACCAAGAGCACGUCGCUCAUCACCAAGUCGCCUUCAUCCAAAACCAGCCGCGUCAGCGCCGUCGCCAGCCCCGCCGCGCCCACGAUCUCGUCCCCCACGCCCGAGGUCACCAUCACCAAGCUCCCCAGCACGUCCGGCGGCGCCACCAGCAGCAGCUCGUCCACGCCCGCGUCCGCCGCGCCAGGGAAGGGCGUCUCCGUGCCCGGCCUGGUCAAGCUGGGCGGCGGCAACACCAACACCGUGUCCAUCACCAAGCGGCCGGCCUCCAGCAGCCGCAUCGUGGCCAAGUCCCCCGCCAACGCCUCCGUCAGGCAGAUCCCGAACCCGUCCUUCGUGCGCCACCAGUCCGAGGCGAGGAACAACAACAACCACCCCAAGACGGCCUCCUCCGCCGCCGCCACCUCCUCGGCCUCCUUCGUCAAGGCUGGAAUCAACUCGUCCAAGGCGUACACGAUGGGCAAGCAGGUCGGCCCGGGGGCGGGCAAGCAGGGCGGCCAUGGGACGGGCAACUCGCCCCUGAAGGACAUGGGCCCCCUGCCGGACACGUCGUCGUCCAUCCUGAAGAUGGAGCACCUGACGCGGUCGCUGGCCGCCGCGCCCGCCUCCGCCGCCCCCUCGGCCAGGCUCUUCGACUCGAGAUAGGGAAGGGCGGCGCUAGAGUUUUACAGAAGGUGCGAGGAGGAAUAGCGAGUGAUAACCGGUGGACGAAGAGAGGAUGGGAAGGGGGCGGGGAGACUGCGCGUUUGUGGCCAGUGCCAGCCCGCCCGUGCCCUUGGGCGCAGAGUCGACUUAUGCAACGAUAGAAACACAGAGCGCGAGUGCCUGCAUGUAGCCCUAUGAACGUUGUUACGCGAAAGAGCGCAUGGCGGUGUUCCGGCAAGAGUGCGGAGCGAAUGCAAAGAGAAAGAAAGGUGAAUUCUUAUCCCGUCUUGGACUUUAUCACCAAGGCCUCAGAUUCAGUGCCACAUCCCAGUGCCUUCCUCAUGCAGCGAGUGAUGUCGAAUGGACCUUCGUGCGGGACUAACACAAUACGAAUUACUACUACGUUUACUCUAUAUCCAAAACUCUUUACGUGAUCUACUAACGGAGUAGUGAGAGGACCCUGUAUACUCUUUUUUUUUUCUUUGAAUUCGUGCAAGGAAAGUGAUGUGGAUUUAUGGUGUUGUUGGAGAAACGGAGAAAGGAGACGGAAAUUUGUGUUUGUAGGAAAUUACCCACUAAGAAUUGGUAUUUAUUAUCAUUUAUGUUUUAUUAUCUUGUAGAAAAGGAGAGUUGGUGAUAAUUAUGCCACACCACGCUAAAGGUUUCUAACACAGACAGACGUGUGGUGAGGUGUGGCGACGAAGAAAUAAGAAAAAGUUGAUUCAUUUUAAAUGUGAAAUGUGUGUGAUAAAAGUAGACAAAAGGAAUGGAACACAAAGUUCAGAGAAAAAAAGAAAGAAAAGAAAAAAAAAAGAUAUUUGAAGAAAGAAAGAAGGGGAAAAAUUUUACCUAUCGAGAUUUAAGGUAGAUGAUGAUAUCUUCCCAAAAUUUGUGAAACACUCCGACACAUAUCUGAGAAAAUGCUGUGAAAAAAAACAACCUUAAAGAAACUAAAUUCUUUGCGCUCAUGCAUAUCAUUAUCAUCAGUUUACGUUGGAGCCAAAAAGGAUAGUCACGUUUUUAUUUAUUUUCUUUUUUUCUACUUCUUCUGUUUCUAGAAGUUAACAAACUAUGGAGUGCGCUGUUGAAGUAGCACAGAAAGAUUAAAUUUAUAUAUAUAUAUAUUUUUCACUUUGAUUUAAAGGCAAAUGUGAUUGAUAACAACCCCCCACCCCCAACCCCGAUCCUCCUUCCUCUCACAGACCCACGCAUGUAAAACACAUUGUUUUUAAGUCGUGUGUCCAACCAGUAAACAAAUACAAACAAUAUAAACCUGUAUCUUAAGUUAUAGAGAAAGGCUUUAUGAGCUGGAUCCUCAGGUGAGAUUAUAAAUUGGAUCCACAAGUUACUUUGUAGAUUGGAUCCUCUAUUGAUCUAUAAAUUGGGUCCUCAGGUGGUUUAUAGAUUAGCCCCCCAAGUGGCUUUAUAAAAUGGGCCCUCAAGUGAUUUUAUAGAUUGGGCCCCCAAGUGACUUUACAAAAUGGGCCCUCAAGUGACUUUACAAACUGGACCUUCAAGUGGCUUUAUAAAUUGGGGCCCCCCAAGUGAUUUUAUAAAUUGGGCCUCACAGAUGACCAGUUCGGUGUUCCUUAGUCAAUAUUCUCCCCCCUCUUUUUUGUAUAAUAGAUUUCCAGAUGCCUUCUUAACUGGGGGUCUUAAUUGUCUGUAAAUAGAUAUGCUGUAUAUGUGUUUUGGUUAGACUUUUUUUUGGGUGAAUUUGAGGGGGGUAGGGGAUGAGAUUUACGAAAUGGGUGUUUGAGGAGCGUUAAAGGGGGAAAGAAACCAAAUAUUAUUGUAUAUAUGGAGGGAUUUGUAGAUAAUUUUAAUAAAAUACACGAAUUAUAGUACA